AUGGCUCCCAAGGAAUGGCACCUGGGGUUGACCUCAGGCCUCCACACGCAAAGGCAUGACAGAAAAACACUCAUGGAUGUGUGCACCAGUAAUAGCAGUAGUAGUAGCAGCAGCAGCAGCAGCAGUAGCAGCAGCAGCGAGAUGUGUGUGCAAAACCCACCAGAGGUCGCCUAUGCCACAUUCAAAGCCCCCGCCUACAAGAGUGGCACCAUCCUAAACUGUGAAUGCAAGAGAGGUUUCCGAAGAAUAAAGGAGUUGGUCUAUAUGGUUUGUUUAGAAAACUCCUGGAGCGAAAGCUGUCAGUGCACAAGCAACUCCAAUAGCAACCUAAGAAAGCAAGUUACACCUAAACCUGAAGACCAGAAAGACUGGCAAACCACAGAAAUGCAGAAAUCAACACAGUCUGUGCACCAAGGGAACCUUCCAGGUCACUGCAGGGAGCCCCCUCCUUGGGAACAUGAAGAUACCAAGAGAAUCUAUCAUUUCAUGGUAGGACAGAGACUUCACUAUGAGUGCCUUCCAGGAUACAAGGCCCUACAGAAAGGUCCUGCCAUAAGUAUCUGCAAAAUGAUCUGUGGGAACACAGGGUGGACUCAGCCCCAGCUCACAUGUGUUGAUGAAAGAGAACACCAUCAGUUUCCAGCUAGUGAAGAAUCUCAAGGAAGUGGAGAUCCUUUUCCUGAGAGUGAGACUUCCUGUCCCAUCACCACCACAGACUUCCAGUUCCUCACAGAAGCAGCUACAACUAUGGAGACAUUCAUACUUACAGCAGAGCAUCAGAUAGCAGUGGCCAGCUGUGUUUUCCUGCUCAUCAGCAUCCUUCUUCUGAGUGGGCUCACCUGGCAACGGAGAUGGAAGAAGAGUAGGAGAACCAUCUAG